AUGACUCCAAUUAAAAAAAGAGCCACCAACUUUUCCUACAAAGAAGAGAAAACUUUGCUCGCUCUGGUUAAGAAAUAUGCUUCAACGAUCGAAUGCAAAAGAACAGACAUAAACUCAAACAAAUUAAAAGCAGCUUCAUAUGAAAAAUUAGCUAUAGAAUUUAACAGUGUUUGUGGUGAAUGUUAUCGGUCACCCAAAACUCUUCGUAGUAAGUAUGAAAACAUAAAAAAAUGUGGCAAAAAAGUGUUUUCUGAUGAAAGAGCAUACCUACGUGGUACUGGUGGAGGACCUGCAAAUCCACCUCUUCAUCAGAGAUACAAUCAGAGCUUCAGGAAAUUCUUGGGAAUCAGAUGA